AUGCUUGAGGGACCAAAGUUCGACGUGCUCCCUGUUGGCAAUCACAACAACGACAACAAUUACUAUGCCUUCACGCAAGACUUUUAUCAGAAGCUCGGUGAGGAAGGUACAAACAUGUCAAUGGAUAGUAUGCAGACAAGUAAUGCCGGAGGGUCUGUGUCGAUGUCUGUGGAUAACAGCAGCGUUGGUUCAAGCGAUGCUCUUAUUGGCCAUCCCGGUUUGAAGCCUAUGCGCCAUGUCUACUCUCUCUCCGUUGGGCAAAGCGUAUUUCGACCGGGAAGAGUCACACAUGCACUUAACGAUGAUGCCUUAGCACAAGCGUUGAUGGAUAGUAGCUAUCCGACCGAGGGACUGGCGAACUACGAAGAGUGGACAAUAGAUCUGAGGAAACUUCACAUGGGUCCCGCUUUUGCUCAAGGGGCAUUUGGUAAGCUUUACAAAGGGACUUACAAUGGAGAGGAUGUAGCGAUUAAGCUCCUGGAGAGGCCAGAGAACAGCCCGGAAAAGGCACAAGCCCUGGAGCAGCAGUUUCAGCAGGAGGUUUCUAUGCUCGCGUAUUUAAAGCACCCCAACAUCGUUAGGUUUAUCGGCGCGUGUAUAAAACCGAUGGUGUGGUGCAUCGUGACUGAAUAUGCAAAAGGAGGUUCGGUGAGACAGUUUUUGACGAAGAGACAAAACCGAGCUGUGCCUUUGAAGUUGGCUGUGAAACAGGCGUUGGAUGUUGCCAGGGGUAUGGCUUAUGUCCACGAGCGCAACUUCAUACACCGGGAUCUAAAGUCGGAUAACCUCCUCAUUUCAGCUGAUCGGUCCAUCAAGAUUGCUGAUUUCGGCGUUGCAAGGAUUGAAGUUCAGACUGAAGGGAUGACACCAGAGACUGGGACUUACAGAUGGAUGGCCCCGUAA